AUGGGCAAUAUCUGCCGGAAACACCGUCCAGGCGUCGGCAAGUCCUGUCUGCUGCUGCGAUUCGUCGACGACUCCUUCACGCCGUCCUUUAUCACCACGAUCGGCAUCGACUUCAAGAUCCGCAAGGUCAAUAUCGAGGGCAAGCAAAUCACGUUGCAGAUCUGGGACACGGCUGGACAGGAGCGCUUCAAGACCAUCACGACAGCAUACUACCGGAGCGCCAUGGGCAUUCUCGUGGUUUACGAUGUCACGGACGAGAAUAGCUUCCGAAAUGUCGCAACGUGGAUGAAGAAUGUGGACGAACAUGCUCCCGAGGGAAUCUCGAGGUGUCUGAUCGGCAACAAGUGCGACCUCGAGGGUGCUAGGGUGAUCCCUCCCGAGAAGGGCCAGGCCCUCGCCGACGAAUACGGCAUCGAAUUCAUGGAGUGCAGCGCCAAAUCCAACAUUGGAGUCGAGCAAGCCUUCAUGGAUCUGGCUCGGCGUAUUCUUCGCCGUCGGAGCGGACUAGAAAACGGCGACAAUGCCUCGGCCUCAGCGAGCGUGCAGCUCAACCCUAACGGCGGCAACGCAGCCGGCGGAGGCUGUUCGUGUUGA